AUGCUUGUUGGAAAACACAGCCAUGAAAAUCUCGCUGAAUGUAAGGCUGCGUCUGACGCAGUCAAAUCCGGACUAUUGCUGGUGAAGGGUCAGGUCGUUGGUGGAACCGGCAACAACCGAAUCCAUUGGAAGGAGACUGACGGUCUACCGUGCACUCUAGGCGACCAACACAACUCCUUGAAGCAGCUGAUUGGCAGCGGUGGAUCGGGUGUCAAGAUGAACGACGGUACGCUUGUGUUCCCAGUGGAAGGCACGAAGAAGGAUGGAAAGACUGUUUCGCUGAUCCUAUACUCGAAGGAUGCUGUGGGUGGGAAGCUGUCGAAGGGGAUGUCUGACGGUGGCUGCAGGAUUCCCUCCGUCGUGGAGUGGAAGGACAAAAAACUCAUGAUGAUGACUGCGUGUGGUGAUGGCCGCCGCAGGGUGUACGAGUCCGUUGACAAGGGGGAUUCGUGGACGGAGGCACUCGGGACACUCUCGCGCGUGUGGAGCAGCAAAAAGGUCGGAAGUGAGAAGGCCGUUAGGAGCGGGUUCAUCACAGCGAAGAUUGAGGACAGGGAUGUGAUGCUCGUCACUCUGCCGGUGUAUGCCAAUAAGGCUGAUAAAGAAGUAAAUGUAAAGGGCAGACUCCAUCUUUGGCUGACGGACAAUACGCACAUUGUUGAUAUUGGGCCGGUAUCCGUGGAAGGAGACGAUGAGGUUGCCGCCAGCUCCCUGUUGUACAGAAGUGGAGAUAAUAAUGAGUUGAUUGCACUGUACGAAAAGAAGGGCGAUGCGGAGAAGCCACCACUCGGUAUGGUCUCUGUGCGUCUGGCUGAGCAGCUGAAGCGGGUGAAGGAGGUGCUGACGACAUGGAAGAAAGUGGACGAACGUGUCUCCCAGGUGUGCCCCACUUCACUUGCUCUGAAGGAUCCCUCAGCUGACACUGACUGCAGCGCUGGUAAGAUCACGGCUGGGCUGGUUGGCUUUUUGUCUGGCAACUUCUCUGAUAACAAAUGGAGGGACGAGUACCUUGGGGUGGACGCCACAGUAAAGGGUGGUGCAGCAGAGGCAACAAAGACUUCCGAUGGUGUGACCUUCCAGGGAGCGUGGGCGGAGUGGCCCGUUGGCGCGCAGGGGGAGAAUCAGCUGUACCACUUUGCGAACUACAAAUUCACUCUUGUGGCGACGGUGUCCAUCGACGGUGUGCCGGAGGGAGAUACUCCCAUUCCUUUGAUGGGUGUGAAGAGGAUGAAUGGUGUUAAGAGUACUGUACUUCUGGGGCUGUCGUACAACAACAGAGAAAAGAAGUUGGAACUUUUGUCCAGUGGCGGGAAGGCGUCGGAGCUCAGCAGCAAUUGGAAACCAGGGAAAACACACCAAGUGGCCAUUGUGCUGCAGAACGGCAUCCAGGGCUUUGUGUACGUCGAUGGUAGGCGUGUGGAAGGUGCGCCAUUUGAUAUGAAGGAUAAAGGUUCGAAAGGGAUCUCCCACUUCUACAUUGGAGGGGAUGGAGGCAGCGCGUGGAGCCGACAAGACGUGCCCGUGACGGUGACGAACGUCCUGCUGUACAACCGACCGUUGAGUGACAAUGAGCUUACUGCGCUUAACACAAUCAAACUUUCCAUUCCACAAACAGCGGAAGCUGGAGAAACGGAUGAAGGUACCGCUCUUGAUGGUGGAGCACACGGUGAUGCCAGCAAUUAUUGCGGAAGCGGACUGCUGCCAUCGCUGCUUCUUCUGUUGGGACUGUGGGUGUUUGCGGCUCUGUGA